UGAUCGUCCUUGACCUCUGCAGGAUCACCUUCUGCGGGAUCACGAUGAAAAACUACGUGGUGGCGAACGUGUCGCUGAAAUCCCAGACGACGAUCAAGUACGCGAUGAAGAUGCUGAGCUCGAGCAGCGAGACGAUCAUCUUCAUGUUCCUCGGCGUGUCCACGGUCCACGACGAACACGAGUGGAACACGUGGUUCGUCCUCUUCACCCUCCUCUUCUGCGCCGUCUACCGCUUCCUCGGCGUGGUGGUGCUGACGGCCAUAGCCAACCGCUUCCGGCUGCAGAAGCUGGAAAAAGUGGAGAAGUUCGUGAUGUCGUACGGGGGGCUGCGAGGCGCCGUCGCCUUCGCCCUCGUCCUCCUCAUCGACAAGAACUUGGUGCCGCACAAGCGGAUGUACGUCACCACGACCAUCGCCGUCAUUUACUUCACG